UUUCUAAUAUGUUUAUUUUUGGAAUUUUAUAGGGAAAAAGAAAAAAAAGUUGGCUAACUUUAGGAUUAUGUCAGAGGACUUUAAACCAUCUCAGGCUAUCAGUUAUUAACAUCCGUAUACCGAUCAAUGCUUUUAAGGCAGAUAGGGAAGCUGUUCCAUUUCUAGGAAGCACUGGUAUAAAUAAAGUGAAGAUUUGAGACGAGGUAAGGUUUGAGAUUAAGGGAGGCUUAAAUUGUGUUUUCCCUCAGUAUAUACAGAAAUAGUUUGAGGUUGAUUUGAGACACAGUCUAGUGUCAGGUUAAAGAAUCAAUUUCUCCAAGAAACAUAUUCUAACUGUACUGAAAAAUAUACAGUAAUCAGAAGAUAAAUAUAAUGAUAUACAUUCAUAUGAUGGGUGUACUGAACUAUUGUAGUACUUAUCUGAUCCUGGAUUAGAGGAUUUAGUAUAUCUCUGAGGAUGGGACAUGGACAUGAUCCUGUGAAAUGAACAAAAAAUUUUAUCUCAUUUUGAAUACAAUGUGCCACAGUGGAUGUUAGCUAGAGGACAUUUGUUAGCUACUAAACCAUAGCUAAACUUUUAAUGUGUAAAGAGUAAACUUAUUAAACAGCUUUGGGAACAUUGUUGCCAAGUAUUCGAGACUGACUGCAGUGUCUUGUGAAAUGUGUGAUUUCCGAUCUGGGAUUCAUAUACCAUAUGUGCCUUAUUGCAAAUAAACUUUAAGUGUAAGAAGAUCUCAUUCUGAUUUCAUCACCCCUACAAUUCAGUUGAACUGACUAGUGUAAUGGGGCCGAAAUUUCAAAUUUAUCUCCAUUCACUAUUUCACAGUAUAAGCUGUAUUUCUUCUCACUCAUGUAUGCCUUCUGUAACCCAUAUUUAAGGAUGGCUUGGAUAAAAUAUACCAAAAUGAAAAAAGGACCAUUAAUCCUAGCAGUACACUCUGUUUAUAGUGAAUAAGCCAUAGGUGCAGCAGUUAAAGAGUUAACUGCUCUGGUGUAGGCGUGUGUUGCUCUAAGCCAAUGAGCUGCUGAAAUGUGGUGCAGGGUCCCGCCUGCCAUCUCCGUCUGAGAGAGCACAGGCUUUUCCUUCUCUCUCUCGCGAAUCCUCCAUGAGCACGCUAGCAAGGAAAAAGACACGGCGAUUCACUGAAACGAGGUAUGAAAAAAAGUAAUAUAAACGGGAGAGUUAGCACUCGCUGCUUAUGAACGAUCGUUUUAUCGUAUGUGUACUGCUAAAACAAGUAAUUAGCUGGUUCGUUUUUACAUUGUUUGGUCGACGAAGGUCGGGAGUUAGAGACGACGCCAAUUCAUCAUUCCUGCGCCAUCUCGCGCUGCUCCGCCUUUCUUUUCUGAGAUCGGUCAGGUUUUUUUUGUUUCCCUUUGUAUCUUCCUUUUGAUGCAUUGCAACGGAUCCGGUAAUCGAUGGCGAGCCAACCCCGUUGAUGGACCAAUUGACUUUGUUCUGUGCUGCACAGCAGAGUGUGGUAGGCCAGUUGCAACAAAACAAAAACACACCACGCCACUUUGAACUUACUGUUCCCCUUCUUCACACACAUCCCCCUGGACUUACGGACGGUUUAUUUUAAGGACUUUUCACGGACUCUAUACAUCCCACGAACAGGAAGGGAAGUGGGUGUGGGCGGUUGGAUCCAUGUUUCCAGCUUAAUGGUUGUUGUACUUUAUUAACAAAGUCUAUGAAGAUACAAACAAGUGUUGUUAUUUGGAUUUUGCUAAUUGAUAUUGUAGUUCAUUUUGGAAGUGAACUUUGUACAUUUAGAAGGGUGCACCCAGGUAAGUUUUCUUUUUGUAAAGUGAUUACUGUGAUUGUGCCACAGGGUUGUCACUGAGGAAAAUACUGGUACCAAAAGGAGACUUUUAUUUGUAAUGUUUUGUAUGUUUGUCAUAUUUUCUUUCUUUUGUUUCUCGAUGAGUAAAAAUACAAAGCUGGCAUUUUCAAAACUCACAGUUGCCUGAGUCUCAUUCAGUUUGCCUCUCCUGUACGUAGCCGAACCUACUGGUCCAGAGCAGUGAGCUCUUUUGCAUCAAAUUUGGGUGAAGUACCUUUUGGUCUUAGAGUAUUAGAGACACAUGAGUGUUACAGUUGGCGAGCCAGCAGCCAGGAGUUAUUGUGAAACUGCAUGAGACUCAUCUUAUUAAAUAUUACAACAAUAAGAAACAAUCAAAACUGAAGUCUGUUAAAAUGGACAUAGUACUUAAAGAGGCAAUUAAAAUCCCUAACUCAGUAAUCAUAAAAGGGCUUACCAACAGUGACCUUGAUGAAGAAGUAGCUAUUUACCUGGGUAAACACGGUUCAGUUAACCGUCACAUCCGCAUAGAUGAUCCGCAUUCUCAGUUUCACAGGCAGAUGAUAGCUGAGUUCAAUCAUGCCAGUGCAAUGGACACUUUAAACCCCCUUUUGCCACAUACUAUCCAAAGCUCUGCUCAGCCUGAAAUCACAUUUGAAAUCAGGAGUUUAGCUGAGGUGUAUGCAGCAAAUGCAAGGGAUGUCACCAGAGCAUACAUGAAACAACUGUCUGAAAUGGCUAACCUGAGUGGACACUCACUAGAGGAUAUGCUCAAAGAGGGGCUAGCUAAUUUAAACGCGCCUCCUCUAUCCUCUCAGCCUACAGUUUCUCCCCCUGCUAACAGAGGUGAGACAAGCUCGUAUGUACAGGGUGACCAUUUCUCCGAUCAACCUGCUGUUGAUUCUUCACAGUCUAAGGAUCCGACUCCAACCUUAAACCAAAACCUGAUCGAUCUUAACUUGCCGACACAGUUCUAUCCCACACUUGAGCUUAAUCCGCCAAGUGUCCAGCGGGUAGUAGUUGAACAUGUAGUGCGCAGUAGUGAAAUCUCUUCACACUCGCCCAUGCCAAGUAGGUUUAGAGCCUUCUCUGGGCGCAUCCCCCGCCCAAACAAUGAAGCAGAUUACGAUACAUGGCGCACAAGUAUUGAAGUCCUCAUAAAUGACCCAGCCGUUUCUGACUUGAACUGCACACAAAGAAUACUUGACAGCCUUCUGUCGCCUGCUACAGACAUCACAAAGCAUUUAGGCCCAGAUGCUAAACCCUCUGAGUACCUGAAAGUACUUGACUCUGCGUUUGGAGCUGUCGAAGAUGGUGAUGAGCUUUAUGCGCGAUUUAUGAACACGCUUCAGAAUGAAGGAGAAAGACCAUCAGCCUAUUUGCAAAGAUUACAUGUCUGUCUGACAAAAGCUAUGCGUCGCGGAGGUGUCAGUGCGUCAGAUUUUGACAAGCAAUUGUUAAAGCAAUUCCUUCGUGGCUGUUGGGAGGACAGUCUCAUCAGUGACCUCCAGCUAGGACAAAGGAAAGAGAGUCCACCUUCGUUUUCUGAGUUACUCUUGCUUUUACGCACGGAAGAAGACAAGCAAGCUUCAAAAGUCAGCCGUAUGAGACAACAUCUUGGUCAGAACAAACCUGGCCCUAACAAUCCAAAGCACCGGGCCAUGUCAAAUGUACAAACCAUAAGUAGCAGUGAAUCAGACUUUGAUGUGUUAAAGAAACAGAUAGCUGAUUUGAGUGCACAACUUAACAGUUGGAAAAUGGAAAGUCAAAACCAAAAUCAGCCCAAGCAGUCAAAGUCAAAGUGCCAAACAAUUAAUGCCAAAGUUGAGGCCUGCCCCAUGAAAAAGAAGGUUUCAGCCACACAGAGUCUUGCUAAAACCAAUCCAAAACCGCGCCCUUGGUACUGCUUUUACUGUGGUGAGGACGGUCACAUUGCCUCAUCGUGUGAAAACGAACCAAAUCCGUCCUUAGUUGCCACAAAGAAGAAACAGCUGAAAGAAAGACAAUCCAGUUGGGAAGCUUCAACUAGGGCCAGUGAUGAGCCACGUUUAAACUAAUCCCAGCCUCCAGUGUGGGACAAGUGGGGGCUGCGGGAGACAACUCUCGUCCCAAACCACAAAGGGCCUUUUUAAAGGAAACUCAGUCAAAAGCGCAGUCUGUAAGCCUUCCAAGGGGUUUGGUUGGAACCAGAACUUCUGCUACUGUCAUUAUUGCUGGCAAAGAAACAAACUGUCUUUUAGACACAGGGUCACAAGUGACAACAGUACCUCAGAGUUUUUACGAGCAACACCUCUCAGACUUACCUAUAAACCCACUGGGCGAUCUCCUGGAUGUAGAGUGUGCAAAUGGCCAAUCCGUCCCUUAUCUAGGUUAUGUAGAGCUCUCAAUCACUUUUCCCAAGGACUUCGUGGGUUCAGAUAUUAAUGUUAACACCCUGGCAUUAGUUAUCCCCCCACUGCGAGCCGAAGCGCGAGAACAGAUUUUGAUAGGUACAAACACUUUAGAUGCCCUUUAUACUGACUUCCAUGAGUCCAGUGCAAACUUUCAGCCAGUCCCCUAUGGCUACCGAACACUCCUUAAAAUCCUUGGAAUACGUCAAAAAGCAGCUAGCAAUUGCAGUCUUGGGUGUGCAAAGCUAACGGGUAAAUGUCAAACUGUGGUGGCAGCAGGGCAGACGGCAGUUUUGGAGGCCUCAGUGUACGUUCCCAACUCCAUUAAUGAGAAAUGCGCAGUUGUCGAACAGUCAUCAGCCUUUCCCUUGCCCAGUGGUUUGCUUGUAUUAACUGCUCUUGUUAACCUGCCAGCCAAGCAGCCCUGUAAACUGCCGGUUGUAAUAAAAAAUGAAACCGAUCACGACAUUGUUGUCCCUUCAGGCCGUGUGCUAGCUGACAUUAAUGCCGUAACCAGAGUCAUACACAAAGAACAAACAGAGAAGGUAUCAAACUCCUCAGACCAGUCAGAAGAUCCUUCUCAAUCUAAAAAGAUCAGUUUUGACUUUGGAAAUGACUUACCUGAUGAAUGGAAAGAUCGUGUCACAAAAAUGCUAAAUUCAAUGCCGGAAGUGUUUUCGCAGCAUGAAUUAGAUUUUGGACACACUAAAAAAGUACAGCACCACAUCAAGCUCAGUGAUGAAACCCCAAUUAAAUCCAGACCCCGACCAAUACAUCCACAUGAUGUGGAGGCUGUGAGGAAACACCUCCAGGAACUACUCGACACGGGAGUGAUACGGGAAUCUGAAUCACCAUUCGCCUCCCCGAUCGUAGUUGUCAGGAAAAAAGAUGGUUCUGUUCGCUUGUGCAUCGACUACAGGAGGCUAAACCUCCAAACCAUAAAAGAUGCAUACGCAUUACCAAAUCUGGAGGAAGCAUUUUCUGCUCUGGCAGGGUCAAAAUGGUUCUCGGUCUUGGAUCUCAAGUCGGGAUACUAUCAGAUUGAGAUGUCAGAGUCAGACAAGCAGAAAACAGCCUUUGU